AUGAGAAUCACUCGGUUGGUGAAUCAAGUGAAGGAAUGCAAAGAAACUGUUAUGGAGCAGUAUGUUGUCGCGAAAAUCUUGUGUUAUUUAACACCAAGAUAUGACAAUGUAGUUGUGGCGAUUGAGGAAUCGAAGGAUCUUGUGAUGAUGAGCAAAAAGGAACUGCAAAGCUCUAUUGAGGCUCAUGAGCAAAGAAUGGAGGAAAGAAAUUCCGAUAAGGAAAAUGAGGAUAUUGCUUUGCAAGCUCGCUUCAACAAGAAGGACAAGAGGUUGAAAGGAAAAUGGCAUGUGAAGAGUAAAGGGAAUUUUCAUAACUUUGGUGGAAGAGAGUAUCAAAAUUCAAAGAAUUCAACUUGUCGAAGGGGUGAUAGGAGAUGCAACAAAAAUGGUGGUCAAGGCAACUUUAGAGGUGAAAAGAAAAGGUUUGACAAAAGCAACGAGUAUUGCUUUAAGUAUAAAAGGUUUAAUCAUUUUGCAAAAGAUUGCAAUGCGAACAAGAAGGAUCCUCAAGGGGAUGAAGCCAAGGUUGCAAGACAAGAGUUUGAUAAAGAGAAUACACUCUUAGUCAUGAUCACAAAAGGAUAUUACAGCAGCAACAAUCACAAUUCAAGGAAUUCCGUAAAAUUGAUUUGUGAUUGGUUGCAUGAUAUGGUUAGUCGGUUACAUGCAGGAGAAACAAACAUGAUGGGUAUGAAAAGAGUCCAAUGCAACGAGGAGUGGUAUUUGGACUCGGGCUAUUCAACUCAUAUGACUGGGAGGAAGGAUUGGUUUGUUAAAAUCAAUCGUGCCAUGAAGAAAAAAGUGAAGUUCACGAAUGACACCACUCUAGCGGCUUAUGGGAUCGGUGAUGUUUUGAUAAUGAGAAGCGAUAGUGGAUAUUCCUUGAUAAAAUAUGUCUUGUACUUUCUAGGAAUCAAAAGUAAUCUUAUAAGUAUUGGCCAAUUACUUUGGAAGGGUUACAAGACUCACAUGGAAAAUAAGGGGUUGCACGUUAUGGAUGAAGAUUAUGGAGCAUAG